GGUCUGUCUCUCCCAUCCUCUUGGGCUCCUCAUCCCUCUCUGGACUGUCCAGCUGCCCCAUCGGCCCUCACUGCGCUGUGAACAUGUUGGCCGUUCUCGCCUUCAUCAUCGUCUUCCACAUGGUCGCUCUGGUGCUGUUGUUCAUUUCAGCCAUCGACAAUGCCUGGUGGGUAGGAGAAGACUUCUCAGCGGACAUCUGGAGAGUGUGCACCAACAGCACAAACUGUACAGAGAUCAGUGACCUGAGUGACAGUGAGUAUGUAGAUUACUCCAUCAUGCAGGCAGUGCAGGCCACCAUGAUCCUCUCCACCAUCCUCUGCUGCAUCUCCUUCCUCAUCUUUCUGCUCCAGCUCUUCCGCCUCAAGCAGGGAGAGAGGUUCAUCCUGACGGCCAUCAUUCAGCUCAUGUCAUGUCUGUGUGUCAUGAUCGGGGCUUCCAUUUAUACAGACCGGCGCCAAGACCUUCACCAACAGAACUACGCAGUCUAUUACCUGACGCAAGAAGGCAGCUAUGGAUACUCUUUCAUUCUAGCCUGGGUGUCCUUCUCCUUCACCUUCAUCAGCGGCCUCAUGUACUUGAUCCUGAGGAAGCGCAAAUAGGUUUCAGGAGCCCGGCCACUCUCCCCACAGUAUGGCAUACACGUUCAUGUAACCGUUUUGUAUAUAAUCAUUUUUUGUGGUUUUUCUAGCAAACGUAUUGUUUCCUUUAAAAGCUUUUAUAAAAAAGAAGAGAAGAGAGAGAGAAAGUUUCGGCAUUCUUGGGAUCAGAGACCAGACCACAAUGGCUGGCACUGAGAAUACAAGGCCACUCAAAGUCUCAGCAAGGCCCAGCAAGAUCCAGCAAUGUGGAAAUCCACAGGAUGCUUCUCACCCAAGGACCUGGGGUGGGGUGUGGCCAAAGGCGGGAAAAGCCUGUCUUGGGGAGAGGCUCUCUGUAGAUUCCUGCCCUGCCCACUCCCCUGCCCACUGCACUCUGACAACCACAGGUGGGAUGAUGAGGGGCCCAAGUGAAGGAUCUCUAGCCUCAGAUAUUAACCCCUAGUUCGUGUAAGAAGAGGCCUGGUUUCUGUCUGUGUGGGACCCAGAGUCCCAGUUCCCCUUCAGUGCGUUAGGUCAUCGUACAGACUUUCUGACAGUCUCCUGUUGGCCUUAAGGACAGUGACCCUCAACCUGGGUGUCAUGUUUAGGUGUUGAGUCUCCAUAGGUAAUUCCUCAGGACAUCUGUCCUAUGCGGGCUCUCAAGUCCACUUCGCAGACCCUCAGAAUCCUUCAUCAAAGGGGUGGGCCUGCAUGUCUGAACUUGCGAUGAGCUCCCUGAAAUAUGCUUAGAUGCACUAAAGCUGGGGGGUCAUAGUCCUAGAUCCAGGGGAGCAGAGCCACCCUGUAAAUGUUAGCAGUCUCUUCACACCGAGAUGGCCCCACUGCCAGCCACAUCUUGGCCUCCGCCAGCUCCUGCUGCUUCUCCCAAAGCUGCUUUUAUCUGGGCCACCAUGCCCCACUCCCAAGCCUUAGGCCUAUCCCUGGGAGGCGGCCUGGGCAGCCCCCUCCCUGCCCUGUCCUGGAAGGUCUCCCCUUUUCUUCCUGCCUUCUUUCUGAGGUGGGUGCUUCCAAUGGGGCUCUAUUUCUGGAGCCUCAGAAGAUCCAUUUCCAUUGACUCAUCCACCCAUCAUUCAAUAUGGAUGGGUCUUGCCGCAUGUCAGGUGCAAGAGAUACCUUUCCAAACAAUUCCUUGUGAGACUCAGGCUAGUGAAGAACACACAUCAGAAACCAAUUAGAAAAACUACCAACUGUGAUGGAGUAGCAGGGCUGCCACCAGAGGUUCAAAACCUCCCAGGGUGAGAGGAAGCCCAUGUUCUGCAUGCCGGCCUUUAAGUGCCUUGAGGUGUCUGCACUGCUCCAAACAGAGUAUCAUUCAGCUCCAACAGAUGCCAUUUGUUGGGUAGUGCCCUCUGGUUUCUCUACACACAGUGUGGAGGAUUCUACACUUCCCACGGUGAGACAGCAGGAAAGGAUUCCCAGAGCCAUGGCUAUCAAGAUGGGUAUCGAAGGAGAACCCAGCCGUACUCCAGUCAGUCCUGAGGAUGUCCUGAUAAAUGUGGCCAUGGGAAGGUUGUUAGUAGCACUGGAGGAGUGACGUGCCAUACCAAAGAUUCAAGAGCUCUAUGAUGGCGUCCUUCUCCCUUGGUAACCUUUUCCAUUUUUGAGCAUCAAGUUGGAGAGGUGACUCUGGGACAGGGUGUGUAAAUCUGUGUUGUUUAAACACAUUUGCAUGUGCGCUUCUGUGAGGGGUCAUUUACCACUAGCUCAGACCCAGCGAAGCCACAGUGGCCUGGGGCAGAGAUGGCAAAUGACCACCUCUUGCCUUGAUGGAGAACUCCCACAGCUCACUGUUGGCUAGACUGUAGGGUUGGCUCAAUGCCUUGUGAGGCUCACAGAGGGAGGCCUGUCUAAAGUGUCCUCUGCACCUUCCCCUUGGGGACUUUUCUGUCAUAACAUUCUGCUAGUCAUGAUGGAAACAAACAGACCAAACCACAGACAUGAAAGCAGGGCCCAAGCCAGCAUGAACUCCCACCUCAGAAAACCCAGGGCUGCAGAAGUGAACCAUCCGAUGGGGUGGGAAUGGCCCCCUGGGUUGUCUUGGCUGCUUACACUGUGGCCAACAUUCAGUGCUCACAUCUACCUGUGACGUGAGAGGUGCCUCUCUCCUGCUCUGUGCCCUGCAUUUGGGAUGCUAGAAAGAGAUGAGGGUGUGAGGGAAAACAGAUCCACUUUUCUCCUAUGUGGGAUCAGCUCUCAAUUGGUGCUUAUCACUAGUUACCAAAGAGCAAAUGACAAAGCCAGCUGGGAUAUCCAAGAAGCGUGUAUUAGGACCAAACCUGUCACUGUGUUUAAAGGAACUUUAGUUUGCGCAUCUUACAACAUUUUUAUAAAGUACUGUAAUUCAUGGGGUGGGGCAUGUGACAGAGACAGACUAACCCAUGUUUGGCGUUUGCAUUAAAAUUAUUUUGGGUCUCUGUUUAAAGAAUUCA